AAAGAUAUCAACGUAGACUCAAUUGCUUCUAAUAACCUCUUUGUAUCCCUUUCGUCAAGUGCUCCUCCCUCUCUCCUCUCAUCCUUCAGCGCACUAGAGAUUUUCCAUUAGUGAGAGAUUGCUCUUUCUGGCGGAAAUCCUGGUCCCCACGUUGACCAAUUGCUGGGCAUCUUGCUUUUCAUCCUUUUCCAUUCCCCACAAACCCCACAUCUUGAGCAUCUGGUAGUACCAUCUUCAUCAUGGCUUCCUACGAGAAAGGAGGCGCCGAUCCUGAGAUCGCGAAGGGCGGCUAUGAGUAUGACAACCAAGACAUUACUGCCGUCAAGGAGGGAACUACGAACGAGAUUCCUGGAGAGCAGCUCCAGCGUGGUCUUCAUUCUCGUCAAGUCUCUAUGAUUGCUAUCGGUGGUGCACUCGGUACUGGUCUCAUUAUCGGAACUGGCAAGGCUCUUGCCCAAGCUGGUCCCGGAUCUAUCUUGAUCGCGUACAGCUUCGUAGGACUUCUUGUUUGGAUCGUCAUGGCCGCAGUGGGUGAAAUGGCUGCUUGGAUUCCUGUUGCCGGUGGUUUCUCUCCUUUCGCUACUCGUUUCUGCGACCCUGCUCUCGGCUUUGCUCUCGGUUGGACGUACUGGUUCAAAUACAUCAUCGUCACACCCAAUCAGUUAACGGCUGCGGCACUGGUCAUAUCGUAUUGGGUCGACGCAGACAAAGUCAAUCCGGGUGUCUGGAUUACGAUCUUCUUGAUUGCUAUCGUUGCGAUCAACUAUCUGGGCAUCCGCUUCUUCGGUGAAUUCGAAUUCUGGCUCUCGUCUAUCAAAGUACUGGUAGUUUGCGGCAUGAUCAUCCUUUCCCUCGUCCUCGCUCUUGGAGGCGGUCCAGACGGCGACAGGAAGGGCUUUAGAUAUUGGAAAAACCCUGGUGCAUUUAAAGAGUACAAGGGUGAGGGUGCAACUGGUCGUUUCCUCGGAUUAUGGAGUUCGAUGGUCACAGCCGUUUUCGCGUACCUUGGAACCGAAUUGGUCGGUGUCACAGUUGGUGAAGCAGAGAACCCUCGCAAGACCAUCCCUAGAGCCAUCAGAUUGACCUUCUUCCGUAUUGUCUUCUUCUACAUCUUGUCCGUCCUUCUGGUCGGUAUGAUCGUUCCCUACAACAGCCCUCAGCUUGCCUUUGCUACCAAGCAAUCCAACUCUGCCGCUGCCUCGCCUUUCGUUGUCGCCAUCCAGCUUGCUGGUAUCAAGGGAUUGCCUGGAUUCCUGAACGCCUGUAUCUUGCUUUUCGUCUUCAGUGCUUGCAACUCUGAUCUGUACAUUGCCAGUCGUACUCUCCACGGUCUCGCUCUCCGUGGUCAAGCCCCUAAGUUCCUGGCCAAGACCGACAAGCGUGGUGUUCCUUACUACGCCCUUGGUCUUUCGACCUGUUUCUGUCUUUUGGCCUACAUGAACGUCUCCGCAAGCAGCAAGGAGGUCUUCGGUUACUUCGUGAACUUGACUACCAUCUUUGGUCUGCUCACCUGGAUUUCCAUCCUCGUCACCCACAUCUACUUCCGCCGCGCAUGCAAGGCCCAAGGUGUCACCCCCAAGCAAUUGCCUUACGCGGCUCCCCUAGGAGCAUGGGGUUCCUAUUUCUCGCUUUUCUGGUGCUGCUUGAUUGCCCUGACCAAGAACUUUGCCGCCUUUACUCGCGACCCCAAGACCUACGGCAACUUCGACUACAAGAACUUCAUCACCGGGUACUUGGGCAUUCCCCUUUACCUCAUCCUCCUCUUCGGCUACAAGUUUGUGAAGAAGACUAAGGGUAUCAAGCCCCACGAAGCUGAUCUGUUCACUGGUAAGGAUGUCUUUGAUCGUGACGAGGAGUAUUGGAAGGCUGUUGAGUAUGAGAAGGAUGCCAAGCGUGAUGGAAGCUGGUUCUACAGAACUUUCCUCUCUUGGCUGUUCUGAGCUAUUCGCUUUGUUAAUGAUUGGACGCGGAAGGGAGAUGAGGUUGAUUUCCUUGUUACGAAAUGUUCAUCUCAUAGGUCACGAUAUUGUACACUUUUAGUCUAAAAACUCGAAUCUCAAACGUUGUUAUGAUCACGCU